AGAGCACUAGAGACCGCUGCACACUCCAGCACGGGAGGUGGCGCUAUGCAAUUUUUUGUGGGUUCGCAAGCCUCUAGUAAACACAGAAGAAUCAGAUGUUGGAGGAGACGUGCGUAGUGAAUUUGAUUCCACCGACUGAUAUCUUUCAGAAUUUCAUAUGACAUGUUGGACUUUCUGAAUUAACGGACACAUUGACUUGCGAGAUCUCUGAUCCUCUAAAUCAGUUCGGGGAUAAGAGAGAAAUCAGCCGUUUUGACUCUUCUCCUGGACACGUGGUUAAACUGCAGCAUGGCCGCGUCCAGCUCUCUCCAGAAAACAACAUUAAGUGAAAGUGUGAAGGUCACUUUGUCUGCUGAUGAAGAGGAGCUUCCCGGUGAAGAUGAACCAGCCAUCAGUGCCAGUGAAGAUGAGGAGGGCAGUGAUGAUGAGAGAAAACACAACAAGCUACUGGAAGCCAUCAGUUCGAUGGGUGGAAGAAAGAGGAGAAAGCAGAAUGAGCGCUCUGAAGCAAGUCUGCAGGUCUCCGAGUUCUUUGUCAAUGCAGAGGGUACUGGAGAGAAAGUCGUGCUUUCUGACCUCCUGGGAACUGUGGAGAAGACCCCAGGAACCUCCAAUAAAACCAAGAAACAGCUGAGGAAACUAGAAAACAGUAACGACACUUUGGAUCUACCUCUCAACAAACGGGAAACGGAGAAGAUUCAGAGAGCCAUAGCAUUUGAGAAGACCGCUCAAGAGGUGGCUCUCUGGAAGACCAUUGUAAUGAAUAACCAGAGGGCUGAACAAAUGGUGUUUCCUCUGAACCAGGAGCCCUUAGGACCUAAACGGGUGGAGCAGAUUGUGGCUGGAUGGAAGGCUGAAACUCCUCUUGAACAAGAGAUUUUCAAACUCCUGCACAACAACAGCCAGCCAGUCAUUGACCCCAUUUUGACCCCUAUCGAGGAGGCAUCACUUAAAGCCAUGAGCUUGGAGGAGGCUAAGAUUCGUCGUGCUGAGCUUCAAAAAGCAAGAGCGCUCCAGUCAUACUAUGAGGCAAAAGCCAAAAGAGAAAAGAAAAUCAAGAGUAAAAAGUAUAGCAGGGUCAAGAAGAAGAAAAAACGCAAGGAGUUUCUGAAGCAGUUUGAAGAAAUGGUUAAGACAAAUCCUCAAGCUGCUUUGGAAGAGCUACAAAAGAUAGAAAUGUCCAGGAUGAAGGAAAGGAUGUCUCUCAAACAUCAGAACAAAAGCAAGUGGGCCAAAGCCAAGGCUAUCAUGGCAAGAUAUGAUCAGUCGGCACGUAAAGCAAUGCAGGAGCAGUUGCAGAUAAAUAAGGAUCUUACACAGAAGAUUGUGGUGCAUUCUGAUGAUGAACAUGAAAGCAAGGGCGAAGAAUUGGAGACCGUUCCCGAUUUUGUGAACGAUCCUGAGCCAGUCAUUGACUCGGUCAAUCCCUGGAUGAAAGGCCAACUUACACGUGAAGAGCCUGAGGUCAGCUGCGUCACGCCUGAGGAUGCUCAAACAGCUGAAGAGGAAAACAAGGAAGAGGAACUUCUUGGAGAAUUUGAGCGGAAGAGGAGGCUGAGGCAAGCUGAUGAAGAGGCCUUGACUCCUACGGAAGAAAAGACAGAACACGCAAGUGAGGUGGUUGGCGAAGAUGUGGUGGAGAUUGCUGACAAUGAGGAGAAUGAUGAUAAAGAAGAAGAAGAAGAGGAGGAGGAAGAGGAGGAGGAGGAAGAGGAGGUUGAUGUUUCUGAGUUUAACACCCUUUUCAAGCUUAUGAGGCGUGAGAAGACACAGGAAGCGCCUGAAGUUGGAGAGGAACUUUUGGAAGGACCGAAUCGAAUCAGGAAUAUGGAAGAUAUGGAGGUUUUGGAUGAGGUUUUGGAGCCCCAACCCAUUGUGGCUCCAUCUUUGCCACAAACGGCUGUUGUAGAGGCAACUUCAGAGCCAACUAAUAAAAAGAGCAAGGAAAUCGACCUCAACGAAGUACUCACCAAAGAAGCCAAUGUCAUCAAAGUUCCCUUUUUACCAACAGUGGUUGAAGAAGAGCAUGAUGAACAGAUUUCUAUCAUCAAGGAGGCUUUUGCUGGGGAUGAUGUCAUUUCUGAUUUCAUAAAAGACAAAAGGAAACAGGAAGCUGCAGGGAAGCCCAAAGAGGUGGACCUGACCCUGCCCGGCUGGGGAGAGUGGGGAGGUGUUGGUCUCAAACCUUCCCGCUGGAAACGUUCUAGAUUUACAGUGAAAAUGGCCCCACCGCCUCCAAGACAAGACCAGAAACUGCCUGAUGUCAUCAUAUCAGAGAAGAGAGACGCAUCAAUUGGUAGACAUCAGGUUAGUUACGUUCCGUUCCCAUUUACAAACACGGAUCAGUUUGAAUCUUGCAUCCGUACUCCUAUUGGGCAUACGUGGAACACACACAGCGCUGUGCAGAAGAUGACAAAACCUAACGUUGUCACUACAAUGGGUGCGAUCAUUGAGCCUAUUGUCAAAGAGGACUUCAUAAAGGAAAAGACCACAGAGAAAACGGGCACAAAACACUCAUCGGAAAGAAAACGAAGAUCACGGAAGAGGAAAAACAAACUGGAAAAUGAAUGACUUCAGUCAUUUUAUUUGUGAGGAAAAUGAUUCAAGAAGAUGUCUCUAAUAAAUCACCAAACAAA